AUCAACACUAUCAGUUGUUGCAUUUGUUGUCAAAAUAAAGAAUUGUAAAAAUAAUUUUACAAUUCAUUAAAUUCUUUCAAAUUACAAAGUAACUAUAAACGUUGAAGCAAAUAUGUCAUCUACUGUAAGGAUAUUAAUACCAAUUUUUCCCCUCGAUUCCAAAGAAAUAUUUUUUAAGGGUUAUGUUAUUACUUCUACUGAUAAUAAUGUAACUAUCUACAUAACAAAAUAUGCAAAUAGUGAUAUUGUGUGGUCUGAGAAGCAACGAGAAAAUGAAAUAUACGGCUUUUGCGGCGCAUACUUGCCGACAAAAGUGUCUAAUCAAUUUUCAAAUUUUCUUGACAUAGAGCAAAAUACAACACAAAAAAUUAAUAAAUUACAAUUAAAUCGAAAGCAAGUUACCACUACUGCUAAUUGUAUUCUCAUGUUGUAUGAUUAUAAUAGUAUUAAAGACUCCCAAGCAAUAACAGACUCAAAAAACAGUUAUUUUACAAAAUUAGUAAAUUUGAUACAAGAACAAAAUGGAGAUACAAUUGAUAAAGAUGACUUAAAUACUAGAAACCAAGAGUGGCUUGCUUCUUCUAUGUUUCUGCAACAUGUUUGUAAUUAUUGGAGAUUAAUUAAUUGGCUAAUAAAUACUCUAUGGAGAGACAAAAAAGUAGCUGUAAAACAAGGUAAUUUAAUUCUAGCUAUAGCAGUGGACAUUAUAUUAGGAUACAUUGCUCUGCAAUGGUUAUCACAAGACAAAAGAGAUAUUAGCAUAGGACUAAUGGGAGUUUUAGAGAAAUUAAUCAAUUCACUGUACUCUCUUCUAAAAUGGCUUAUGGGUGCUCCAGUGGGAUUGAAACUAAAUAAUGCAUUUAACAAAAUGCUAGGAAAAUAUUUUUCUUAUCAUGUGCAGUUGUGGUGGUUGUUUUUAGAUGUGUCUGGAGAAAAACUUUAUAUAAUACUUGAUAUAUACCACUAUAUAGGGUAUUUGGGAUUUACAUUCCAAACUGCAAUUGUUUCUGAUCUAAUAUGCAUUGCUACAUUCCAUUCAUAUUGCAUUUAUGUGUAUGCAGCAAGGCUUUUUAAUAUACAGAUAUCUGGUCUUAUUGCAUUACUAAGGCUGUUUGUUGGAAGAAAAUACAAUCCAUUGCGAGGUGGAAUUGAUUCAUGUGAAUAUACAAAUCAGGAACUUUUUGUGGGGACUGUGGCUUUUACCAUUUUGUUAUUAUUAUUGCCUACAACAACACUGUACUACAUAGUAUUUACCAUGUUUAGAGUAUUAUCUCUCUUUGUGCAGCAUUUAUUGGCUAAAAUAAUUUAUGUGAUACAGACAUCACCAAUGUAUGUAGUGAGCCUAUGGGUGACUAAUUCUCCAAAGGUUAUAGGUAAAAUACUAAUAGAAGUAAUAAACCAAGAAGAGAAUGCUGCUUUGGUGCUACGAAUACAAUUGCUUAAAAAAUCGAUUCCAGAAUUAUUAAAAAUAUUUAAACCUCCAGUUGACAUUCUUAACAAAGUUGAAUGGGGCAACCUGUUCUCUAAUGUGCUUGUUGGUAAGCAAAUUGUUUGAAGACUGU